AUGGUAAAGGGGGAAAUUUUUUGGCGUGUGGACAGCGGAGUGAUGCCUGAGCAUCCUUCCUUCAGCGAGGGAAAAUGCCACCUCCAAUUAAGGGGGGAAGGGCGAGGUAAACCAGCGACACAGCCUCCAAAAACAAAAUUAUUGAGCAAGGACCUUUACGGGGAGCAGAGCCCCUUGACGAUAAGGGGCCAUGGAACCACCUGGGGCACUGCUGCUGGACGUUUUGGCAAGGCGCAAAUUUUUUGGCAAGGCAAAGGCCUGCUGGUUGGCGUUGCACUACUUGCUCAUUUAGCCAUAUACAAAGUGCUAAACAAGGAAAAGGAAAAGAAGCAGUUUUCCUUGCUGGAAUGGAUGCAGCAAUUGAAGAUGGAGUCGAGCUUGUCGAUAUCUAUAGGCUAUAACGAUGCAACACAAAAAAAAAACUUGUAUGAUGAUCUUUUUUCAAUUGGUGCAUUCAGUGCGAUGGAGAAGGGUAUCUUCCUUAGCUUCUCUGCGGGAAAAACGAAGGGCCUCAUCCCUCAUUUUGGGGGAACUGGGCACCUUGGGUUUUUGACGGUUGGAGCAAGCACGUUGGACAGAAAAUUGAGUGCAAUAGCAGUGUUAGGAAACAAUGAAGAGUUGGAUGGUGAAUUAGUUUAUGACUUUCCACAAAAGCUCUUCCCGCUUGUCUAUGCGCCGUACUGCAGGGCAAGGGGUCCGAGGUAA